CUAGCCAUUAAAUUAUACUAAGUUGAUAUUCAUGUCGAGUGUGUGCAACUAGUGUUGUUGUCUGCCAUGAUUUUCAUUGUAUCAGUGAUAAUUUUGAUUAUCACAACAUUAUGUGUUGUAUUAAAAGUUUAUUGUAAAUUGACAACGGGAAUAUGUAAAAGUAGUAAACAUUUAGUUGGUAAAGUUGCCAUAGUGACGGGUGGUAACAAAGGCAUUGGUUACGAGACGUGCAAAGAUUUCGCUGAACGAGGAGCUAAAGUUAUCCUCGCGUGCAGGAGCGAGCGAUUGGGAACAGCCGCACGCGACGCUAUCAUCUCCGCCACGGGCAACUCCGACAUUCACUUCAAAAAGCUUGAUCUCUCCUCACUGGCUUCUGUUAGAGCAUUCGCUGAAGAUAUAAUCAAGACUGAAAAACACAUUGACAUACUAGUCAACAAUGCUGGUGUUUUUGAAGUAGAAAAAGAAAAAACCGAAGACGGACUAUUAUUAGCGGCGCAAACGAAUCAUUUUGGUCCGUUUUUACUGACCAACUUGCUCCUUCCGUUAUUAAAAUCUUCUGCGCCCAGUCGGAUUGUAAACGUGUCAUCAGAAGCAUACAGAUUUGGGAAACUCGAAUUUGAUAAUCUGAAUGCAGAAAAAGAAACUGAAGAGACCUACAGCUAUAGCCAGGUGUACCAAAACACAAAACUGUUUAAUAUAUUGAUGACUGCUGAAUUAGCCAAAAUACUAAAAGGAACUGGAGUCACAGCGAAUAGUUUGCACCCGGGUUUCGUAGCCACAGACAUAAUACUGAAUGUUAAAAAGGGCUUUUUCAGACUGUUCGCACUUUUUGGAAAUGCGUUUAGUAAAACUUGGUGGGAAGGAGCCCAAACAACAGUAUAUCUUGCUGUUUCCCCUGAAGUAGAAGGCGUUAGUGGAAAAUAUUUUUCUGAUUGUCGUGAACAGAGUUUGAGAGGAGUUGCUAACGACAAAGAUUUGGCAAGAAAACUUUGGGAUGUUUCAGAGAAGUUAGUUGGACUUAAAUGAAAAAUAUAUACUUACAUUAAUAUUAAUAUACAUUUUAAGUUGUUUAUAUAACAUGUAUUAGUGUAUGAUUUAAAGUUGUAAUAUUUAUGUAUAGUAUUUUCUAUGGGCCUUAGAUGCCUAAUUUAAAUAAAUAAAUAAUAGAUUAAUAUU